CAAAUGUCAUUACCAACCCUUUCUGCUAUAAACGAAGUUAAAGAAGUCACAAAAUUAGAACGUAUUGGUGCUCAUAGUCAUAUUCAUGGAUUGGGACUUACUGGUCAAUAUACUGCUAGUAAUAAAGCUGAUGGACUUGUUGGUCAAGUUGCUGCACGUACUGCUAUGGGAAUUGUACUUCGUAUGGUUCAAUCUCGACAAAUUUCUGGACGUGCAAUUCUUCUUGCUGGAAAACCAGGUACAGGAAAAACUGCACUUGCAAUGGGACUUGCUCAAGCAUUAGGAGAAGAUACACCAUUUACAAUAAUUAGUGGUAGUGAAGUAUAUUCAUUAGCAAUGUCUAAAGCAGAAGCAUUAACACAAGCUGUUAGAAGGUCUGUUGCUCUUCGGAUUAAAGAAGAAACCGAAAUCAUUGAAGGAGAAGUUGAAGAGUUAAGAAUUGAACGACCUACAGCUGGUGCACGUAAAGGUAAAUUAACAAUUAAAACAACUGAUAUGGAAACAGUAUAUGAUUUAGGUGAAAGAAUGAUUGACGCUUUAGUAAAAGAAAAUGUUAAGGGAGGGGAUGUGAUUCAAAUUGAUAAAGCAUCAGGUUCUGUUAUUGUUUUAGGAAGGUCUGCAGCAAGGUCCAAAGAUUUUGAAGUUACAGAUGCUAAGACAACAUUUGUACCAACACCAGAAGGAGAAUUACAACAAAAGAAAACUAUUGUUCAUACAGUUACAUUACAUGAAAUUGAUGUUAUUAAUUCAAAAGCACGAGGAGUAUUAUCUUUAUUUGCAGGUGAUACAGGAGAAAUAUCAGCUGAAAUAAGAAAUCGAAUUGAUGAAAAAGUAAAAGAAUGGAUACGAGUUGGUAAAGCAGAAAUUCUACCUGGAGUAUUAUUUAUUGAUGAAGUACAUAUGUUAGAUUUAGAAUGUUUUUCAUUCUUAAAUAAUGCAAUUGAACAAGAAAUGACACCAACAAUCGUUAUGGCAACAAAUAGAGGAAAUGUUAAAAUAAGAGGAACUGAAGAAAUAUCUCCACAUGGUAUUCCUGGAGAUUUCUUAGACCGACUUAUCAUUGUUAAAACUCAAGAAUAUACUUCAGAUGAAAUUAGAAUGAUUCUUGCUGUUAGGGCUGAAGAAGAACAAGUUAGAAUGAAUGCAACAUCAUUAGAUGCUCUAACUGAAAUUGCUAAACAAACAAGUUUGAGAUAUUCAAUACAACUUAUUUCAUUAGCUAUGCUCAAAGCUAAAAAAAGAGGUGCUGAAGAAGUUGACGUUGUUGAUAUUCAGAAAGUUUAUGAAUUGUUUUAUGAUGCAUCUCGAUCAGUAAAACACAUUCAAAGUGAUAUUAGAAUGGAAGAAAAUUGAUUGAAUUUUUUUUUAUUUUU